CUGAAGUGAAAACAAGACCAAGGUCCUGCUCUACUGUACUUAUCAGACCCAGUCCUGGCAAUGGAGAGAAUAGUUAUCUGUCUGAUGGUCAUCUUCUUGGGGACAAUGGCCCAUAAAUCAAGCUCCCAGUGGCCAGAUCGCCUCUUGAUUAGAGUGCAUCAACUUAUAGAUACUGUUGAUCAGCUGAAAGAUUAUGUGAAUGCCUUGGACCCCGAAUUUCUGCCAGCUCCACAAGAUGUAGAGACAGACUGUGAACAGUCAGCUUUUGCAUGUUUUCAGAAGGCCAAACUCAAGUCAACAAAUGCAGGGGACAAUGAAAAGAUAAUCAAAGGAUUAGUUAAACAGCUGAAAAGAAAACUACCACCUACAAAGGCAGGGAGAAGCCAGGAACAAAGAAUGACAUGCCCUUCAUGUGAUUCUUAUGAGAAAAAGCCACCUAAAGAAUUCCUAGAAAGACUGAAAUCUCUUCUCCAAAAGAUGGCACAUCAGCCUCUUUCCUAGAAUACAUGGGACGUGGCGAUUCCUGAGGAACUAACUUGAAGCUGGACACUAUAGUACA